CCGACGAUGAGAACCGUGCACGUUCCGAUGAAAGUUUUAGUCGGAUGUGCGGUACGUACGAUACUCUGAGAUACGAUACAGUAAAAUCGUACCAUAACGCUUUGCUACGGAUACCGAACAAAAAGAGGUCAUUUACGUUCCAAUUCCGGUACACCACAAAUCUUAAUUUUGUCGUAACCAAAUCUACAAUCAAAAACAUCGAAAACAUGUCUGCUCCUAUUGGUACGUUAUUCGCAGCCUCUUUUUUCAAGAAUACUCUAUCUCAUCUAGUCGAAGUUGGGGUUGACCGUUUCUGGGUCUGUGAUUCGAUUCGAUUCUCAUCGAGUCUUUUUUCUCUCCGUCAUUGUCUCUGUUGUCGUCGACGUCUUUAUUCCGUUGCACCAUGUCGGCUAUUACGUGGACAAUUAUUUUGUUCAACCGAAAUGAAAUCAUCGCAUAGAAUCUGGAUCCAUUUUGGGAAUGGGAAAUCCCCUCCUCGAUAUCUCGGCCAAUAUCGGCCAAGACGUUCUCGACAAAUACGGUGUCGAAAUGAACUCUGCCAUUCUUGCCGAAGAAAAGCACCAGCCUCUGUUCAAGGAGUUGGUCGAGAAAUACGAUCCUCAAUACAUUGCCGGAGGUGCAACCCAAAACUCAAUCCGUGUUGCCCAGUGGAUGCUUACCGCCGCUAACAAGCCCAAGCACACUGCCUUUUUCGGUUGCGUCGGUGACGACGAAACAGGAAAAACCCUGGAAAAAUGCGCCCAGUCGGAUGGUGUUCACGUCCACUACAUGAAGGAUGCCGAAACCCCCACCGGAGCCUGCGCUGCUCUUAUUAAGGAUGGAGAGCGAUCUCUCGUCACUAACUUGGACGCCGCCAACAAUUUCAAGCCCUCGCAUUUGGAAUCUGACGAGGCCAAGCAAAUCAUCGACCUCGCAAAGAUUUACUAUUCUGCCGGUUUCUUCUUGACCGUUUCCGUCCCUUCGUUGGUCGAGGUUGCCGAACACGCCGCCGCCAACGACAAGACCUUCUGCCUCAACCUUUCUGCCCCUUUCAUUGUUGACUUUUUCGGAGACCAAAUGGCCACCGCCAUGCCUUACGCCGACUUCUUGUUCGGAAACGAGAGCGAAGCUGCUGCUUACGGAAAGAAGCACGGCAUGGGAGAAGACCUCAAGGAGAUCGCCCUUAAGGUUGCAGCCCUGCCCAAGAAAAAUGAAUCCAAGCCCCGUACUGUUGUUUUCACCCAGGGGUCUGAAUCCACCAUUGUUGCCCACAACGGAACCGUCACCGAGUACGCCGUCGAACCUCUCGCCAAGGAGCUCUUGGUCGAUACCAAUGGUGCCGGUGACGCUUUUGUUGGAGGAUUCCUUUCGCAAUUGGCGCAAGGAAAAGACAUGGAAGCCUGUGUCAAGGCCGGACACUGGGGUGCCAAGUACAUCAUCCAAACGUCCGGAACCCAAUUGGCGAAGGCAUGUGACUACUCUCCUUAAAUUAUUUAUCAAUAUUAGACAAGUUAUGUGCAGUAGAUUUUCCAAUGCUUCUUUUUCAUAAACCUCCCAAGAAAGUGCACAGAGUCGC